AUGGCCCAACUGGAAGCGUACAAGCACAUCUCGCCCGACUCCGGGUUCCCCAUCACCUUGCACCCCAAUUUCAACCCCAAGAUCAACAAUCACGUCCCGCCGGACCCGAUCCGCGAGCCGCUGAAUCCACCCAAGGACCGGGCCUUCUUCGCGGAUCCGGAGAAGAAAGCGUUGUUGUCGGUCGCCAAACGAGUCGACCUGACCGAGUCGAUUGGCACGCUGCUGGAGGACGUGCAGCUGUCGCAGCUGAACGAGCAGCAGCUGGAUGAAUUGGCGCUGCUCGUUUGUGAGCGAGGGGUUGUCUUCUUCCGGGAUCAGGACUUGACGACGGAGCAGCAGGUCAAGCUGUUCCAGCACUAUGGUUGGGAUCCUGGACAAGCACCCGGCUCAGAAGGACCAAAAAGUGUGACGUAUUCCCCACUGUGUACAGAGGAUCACCGCGAGAUCCUAAAAUACACUCCAUGGCCCACCGGUGACUUCCACGCGGACACAUCUUUUGAGAUCAAUCCGCCGUCAUACUCGCUCCUCAGAAUGGAAGAGCAUCCCGAAGUGGGAGGCGACACUGCCUGGGUUUCGCAAUACGGUCUGUACGAUGCUCUCAGCGACGCGUACAAGAAGCUUGUCGAAGGGCUCCAUGCGGUGCACACGUCGCGGCUGCAAUACGACACAAUUUUAGACCUCUGGGGCGUUGGUCCCAACCGACCCCCGAUCGAUACGCACCACCCGGCAGUCCGGACGCAUCCCGUCACCGGCUUGAAGGCGCUCAAUGUCAAUGUGGGAUUCGUCACUGGAUUUGCAGAGCUCAAGAAGGCCGAGUCGGAUAAGCUGCUCGAUUUCUUCACGUACCACAUCCACUCGGCGGACGACCAUGCUGUCCGCUGGAAGUGGUCCGUGGGCAGUGUCGCCAUGUGGGAUAACCGAUGCACCCUCCACCGUGUCAUCCCCGGAACGUACGAAGCACCCAGACGGGGGAUUCGAACGACAGUCUUUGGCGAGAAGCCAUACUUUGACCCCGCGAGCGAGAGUCGCCAGGAGCGGCUUCAGCGUGAGAAGAGGCAACGGGCUGAGAAGGAGAAGGGCGUCAAUGGCAAUGGCACGGCCACUGCUAAUGGAACAGGAGCUACGGAGAAACUCCAGUCUGAGACGCCAGCGUAA